GUGAGUCUGGUAGUCGAGCGGCAUCCACGUAGCAGACGAAAGAAGGCCUGUCUGUCUGUCUGUCGCUGCUGGCUGUCAAGGUGUCCGGAUUUACCUGUUUGUUACGGGACUGUCUAACAUUGCCUGCGUGCCCGGGUAAUGUGGAGGUCAUCCCCAGAAGGCACAGAAGCAGGACAUUAGGAGGUCGGUGUGCAGACUGAGUGAACAGCUGGUCCACCCUUUCUGUGAGUUUGGCAACUACAUUACGUGAGGACUUGACCAUUAUAGACAUGGCACUGGUGGGUGACUAGGACAGGAGUGAAGUGGUACCCCCCACUCCAUGUCCUGCACAGAGAUCUUUGGCUUUGUGCUGAAUGAGGCACUGUGUCACGUCAGCCGCCGUCCUACCAAACACAACCCUGCCAUGUUCUCUCACCUCUCAGAUGCUCUGCAGGCAGCUGCUGAUAUGGUGGCGCCACCAUGUCCCCGAGUGGAGGAUCUUCGUUACCACUGGACACAGCUCUCCAUUGUGUGCCAGCGGUGCCAGCAUGCAGAGGGCCAAAAGCCGGCUGUUGAGGAAACUCAUAUCCCUCGACAUCUGCUCCAGAUGCUCAGGGCACUAGUGGCAGAGGAACGGGAGCAGGGUGUGGUGGGUCCUCUAAGCCCCUGCAUGGAGUAUUUGGUUCAAGAGAAGGUGUUGGCAAUGCUAGCUUCCCAUGCCAAGGCUGACUGCCCACUGGGAAUACGACAGCAUGCCUAUGUCUUUCUGGUGGGAGUGCUCAACCACCUCCAUCAUUCCCACCUCCACCAUGCACCCAUACACAAGCCUCUCCAGGCAAUGGUUCAGACCAGCUGUGAGAUGAGAGCCUCGCCAUAUGAAGCAGAAGAGAUGGAGUUCUUGUCUAUAUUGUGUGAAAAGAUUCGCCAAGACAGCAGCAUUAUCUUGCUUUACAUACAGCCAUGUGCCAUGACUGGUGGACAGACAGGCAGCUUCCCUUCAGAGGACAGUCUUCCCCCAACCCCAACCCAUGAGGGAACCACAACCAGAGUUAUCACCACUGCUGCCACUGCCAGCAGUGAUGUCAGUGCCUCCUCUUCAGAGGCCGGAGAACAGAAACCUCAACCAAAGUUUCCACUCAUUGAUGCUCUUCUCAACCUGUGCCACAGUGCAGACAGCAAAAUUUCAGGGACAGCCCAUGAAUGUCUAGUGAGCCUAGCCAGUGUCCGGGAAGCUUGGAGCAGCACUACCAUUGCACGACACACACUCCUCCCCCAUUAUCUUGUUACCAGGCUGGUCACUUCAUCUGAUGCCAUACCUGCAAUUACAGAACCUGCUCUCAUAGAAGAUGUUUCUUUGUCUAACUCCACCAGGAGUGAAUCUCAGGAGAACAGUGACAAUGAAGAAGAGGAGGAAGUUGGUGAGUUCCCAGGAAAGAAAGAAAUAGUCACAUUCCUGCAUUGGCUCACCUUCUGUGACAAGAUGGUGAGUGUGAGUGAUGGAUUUGUUGGGUCCAGCAUCUGUACUACUGUGAGGGAGGCCUUCCUGGAUGGACCAUUGAGGAGUGGUCUUUCCAGCCUGGAUGAAGACACUCGCUCCCUGCAUCUGGCCCUGGCUGCCAAGAUUGUUAUCUCCGUGUCAGCUCCGAUGCUGGUUAAUGCAAUCAUUGGGUGGCUGACAGAAGAUGAUCUGGAGGGGACAGAGGGAAGUAUAAGGAACCUUUUGUUGCAGCAGUGUCGGCAGCCUCCACAUCACCUUCAGAUACAGGCACUUAGACUGCUUCAAGUAAUGCUUGAGAAACCGGGCAGCUUAGCUGUCCAGGCCUUGGUUCUGAACUACAUGUGUGGCCGAAACUACCAUGACUCCUCUGCUGCUGAGCACCAGCAGAGUUCUUGGUCGGAUGAGGAAGAUGAGCGGUACAAGCAUAGAGAAGGUGAAAGAUCUCCUGAUUCUUUGCCCAUCAGUAGGACUCUUGCUCCAGCAAACAUCAGUAAGAUUGUGAAGAGAUUCUUGACACUAGUGCCUGAGGAACUGAGAUCCACCACCAAGGAUGACUUUGAGAGCUACAUGGCUGAUGCACAAAGGCAGUACAGAGAUGUCUGCAGGUCAUGUGCACCAUUUGGAUGGCCAAGGGAGGCAGUCACCCCAGAGUGUCCUUCUGACUCUUCCUCUACGGCAUCUCGUGAGUCGCGGCCUGAAGCAGAGACCAACACCUUCUAUGAAGGUCCUUUCCUUAAUAUGCUUAUGGACUUCCUUGAUCACCUGCCAGAACAGGACUAUGACAUCAACUUGCAAAUAACAUCACUGGUGGCCACUUUAGCACUGUUGCCACACCCACACCUUCAUGAGUACCUGCUCAACCCCACUCUCACUUUGAAUGGUGGAGUGCGCACACCUUACACUGUGCUGGGUCAGGUGGUGGCCCGCAUCCAUCAGCCAAUUGUGGAACGAGAGGACUACGUGGAUCACCUGCGGGUCACCAGGUACCAGCUCCUUGGUACCAUGGAGGACUUUGAUUUUGAGAGAGAUGUGGAUGACCGCAAAUUUGAGGCAUUAAUUGUUAUUGAAGAAUUUGCGAAAGAGCUUGCGUCCAUUGCAUAUGCCAAGUACAGUAUAGAGAGUGGUAUGUGGUGAACUUGUCAAACUGAAAGGUUACUUGAAUUUUUUUGUGUGAUGGUCUUGCCAAUUUCCUCAGAUGUUAUUUAUUUGAAUUUUUCUCCAAACAUUUAUAUUUUUAUAAUGUUGGAUAAGGUUUCUUCUUAGUUUAAUUGGGUUAAUUUACUUCCAGGGUUGUCUGCCUUCUUUUCUUUGUGCAAGAACCUCAUAAUUUUAUCUUGGUGGUAUUCUAGAAUGUUGCCAGUGUCCCCUGCAAAACUCAGCAGAUCCUAAGCACAAUUGUUCUUGAGAAAAUAUGCAGCCCAGAGUAUGAAAACAGUCCAUAGGUUCCAAAGUUAAGGAGAAGAUAAUGAGCUGAAAUAAUAACAAGGAGGCUAGGAACAUAUUAAAUACAUUGAAAGCCAAAGAGGUUUGAAAAGAAAUCAUGAUUCUUCUCUCUCUCUCUCUCUCUCUCUCUCUCUCUCUCUCUCUCUCUCUCUCUCUCUCUCUCUCUCUCUCUCUCUCUCUCUCUCUCUCUCUCUCUCUCUCUCUCUCUCUCUCUCUCUCUCUCUCUCUCUCUCUCUCUCUCUCUCUCUCUCAUUUACUGCAGCUGAUAGAAAAAUUUAUUUUACUGUGUUCUUAAGUGUCUGGUCAGUGAAUGCAAAGCACAUAGCGAUAUCCUUACUGUAGAUGAUGAGGCAGUGUGUGCUGCAGUUCCCACCUGACCACAAGUCAUGUCCGAAGUAUGCUUUAUGAUUAAUCAGUCACAUGCUUGUAUCACAGAGUUAAAAAUAUAUUGAGCUUAUGUAUCACAUUAAUCUGACAUUUUUUACAGUAAUACUUCUACAGUAAAAUCCCUCUUAUCCGGCAUCAACGGGACCGCCGACAUGCCGGAUACUUGAAUAUUGCCGGAUAUUUGAAUAGAAGUGAAAUUAUAUCCACAAUCACCACCCUACACUCACGCAUCUUACCAUAACAAAGAUCAGCUGAUCUAAUCAGCAGCUGAUCUGAUCAGCUGCUUAAGUAUAAAUACAACACGCUUCCUCUUUUCUACAACUUUAGGCAUGAUGAAGGCGUCAGGCAAUAAACAGUGCACACGCGGGACUGAGUCACUGAGUAAACACAGUGCACUGGGCCGCGGGUGGCGCGAAGCAGUGCGCUCUGGUGGCGAGGGGACAAAGUAUGCCUCGUGUGGGAAUUUUAAUCGAUUUUAUGAGUACACAUUGAUUUUUUAUUGAUUUUAAGGCUCGGGGAAAAAUGUGCCGGAUACUCGAAUGCCGGAUAAGAGGGAUUUUACUGUAUAUGUAAAUCAUAUACACUGCAUGCCAUCUUUUGCACUGUGUCUGUUUAUUUUAUUCAAGUUGUCUAUAGAAAUAUGUGAAGUGUUGAUAGAAAUGAUUAAGAGUGGAGGUGAGGUUAGCUUCCUUUAGUAUUAUAACUUGAGGAUAUAGAACACAACUUGAUCAUAUAGAGCACAUCUCCCCCAGAAAAAUUUAUUGACUUAGUCAUAUUUUGAAGUACUUAUUUAUUUAUCUAUAUUUUCAUAGAGAUCUGAUCAUAUUAAUAACCAAAAAUUUUGGUUGAGCUAUCUCAUGCAUCUUACUGUACCUAUUACAAAUGUAAAGAAAAGUUGUGAUUUGACUGCACAUAUCUAUGUUACAACAGGAAGUAGAAGCUGGUGGUAUAUAUAUAUAUAUAUAUAUAUAUAUAUAUAUAUAUAUAUAUAUAUAUAUAUAUAUAUAUAUAUAUAUAUAUAUAUAUAUAUAUAUAUAUAUAUAUAUAUAUAUAUAUAUAUAUAUAUAUAUAUAUAUAUAUAUAUAUAUAUAUAUUUGAAUCUCUUGUUUGAUUUGUUUCUCAGAUUUCACUGGUUUCUUUUCAGCUUUGUCUUUUGUAUUGACUUUAUGGGUAUUCUGAGACAUUUAGUGUCUUGAAAAUUUUUAUGGUUAUGUGCAAGCUUGAAUUUCUAACACUGGUCUAUUUGCAUUUUAAAUGGAGACCAGUUUGUGUUAGUAUCAUUCCUGUUGGAUCAGUUUACACUUAGAAAACAAAUGAGCCUUGAUUUGCAGAACAUGCUGCACAACCUUUUUUUUUUUUAUUUUCUUUUUAGUUUAACAAAGUGCAAAAAUGAUUCUUUUUAUUCAUUAUAUACUUAAUCAUUUGUGAACUCAUUUGUGCUGCAUGAAGCAAAAUUUGUUCACUUAUUACUAUGUUCAUUGAACAUUUGCUCCUCAUAGGAAAAAAACAUUACUCUGUCUCUUGAGGUUCUGGAGUGGUUUCUCAAAGAUGGCUGAAGUUCAUUGGGAGACAGAACACCACCAGCAUUGCUAGGCUGGUGGCUGGUGAAUGCCUGACUCGGAGAACUUGUGGUGAGGCUGAGUGCUGCUUGAUGCGCUUUGCUAUCUGCCACUGACUGUAUAAAUGCAUGAAAAACUAUAAUUUUUAAUAUAUUCAAGAAUAUUAUCUAUAUCCUUUAGGUAUAGUAUUUAUAUGAAUAUCAUGAAAUUAUAUUAUAUAAUAUCUGAAAACCUGUACCAUUACUGUGGUAGUUGCAAACUUUGGCAGUGGUUGAGUAAGCAGUAACAAUGAUCCACUCCCAAGCAUAUAAUUCUUGACACCAUCAUUUAGCUCUACACUUUAGACUAUUUUGCUUUUGGUUUUCAUUUCAAAUUCUUUCAUACAGCUGUCUCCUUGUACCUUAUGUUGGCUUGUAAUUACACAAAAUAAUUUCAAUAUGUCAUCCAUCUUAGAAGAUGAUAAUUUAGAAUUUCUUUAGAUUUUUUCAGGAUAUUUUAUUGUGAAACUGUAAUUUUCACUAACACUAACUUUGAGUUUCCAGCAAAUGCACUGCACAACCAUUGAGUUAUUUGUCAUAGGAAGAAAAAGAAUUUAUCAAGGCUGUCUAUGAGCAAUAGUGGAAAAUACUGCAGCAUCUGUGAUAUGGUAAUGAGGUACAUAAAUUACUUAUAUAUAUUAAAGAAUUUGGAUUUUCACUCAGUCCCCAGAACUCAAAUCGUUGUUAAUGGUUGAGGAGGCUGUACUCAAGUGAUCCACAUACAGAAGUGGAGGACAAAGCUACGCAUUCAAGUCUUGCCAGUGACAGUGAUUGUUAAAUGACUGAAAAUCUUGUGUGUGUUGGUUCAGUUGUAAUUAAUCAUGUGGGGCAUUAGAAAGUUGGUACUGACCCUCAAGAAGAGGCACUCUGUGACCUGACUCAAAGCAGAACCAGAAAACUAUCAAAAUGAAAAUAAAGACAAAGUACAGAUUUCAGAUUUGUGGAUAUUGAUUGGCAUUUGAUAAAAUGAUAGAAAAUCAUAGGAGAAUGAAGAAAAUGGUGUGGAGAGUUGAAUGCUUGUCAUAAUAUGGAAACAAAAACUUUUUGCUCCAAAUUUGCCAUUUUGCACUUUGCUGUUUAACACAGUAUUUGGUUUAGCAGAUCUGAACUAAUUUCGUACAUAAUUAUUUGGUCAGGGAAAGUCUAAGUGUCUAUGGAACAUGUAGAUAAAAACAUUAUGUGAUGAAGUAGUGUGUACCUCUAGCAUUUUAAUUUUUAUAAAAAUUAAUAGAAAUUAGUGAAAAGUAAUAUAUUUUUAAAAAUAUUUUGAUAGUAUACUCACUAGUAUUUGUAAAUCAGAUGGACUCAUUUUCAGAAUUUUAAUAUGGUCAUACCUGGCAAAGGGUGAUGGAAGGCAGUAUUGUGCUUUUGUGUUUCAUUCAUUAUCAUUGUGAGUGAAAUCAUAAGUUGUAGUAGGAGAGGAAGUCCAUUUGGAAGGUGAAAUAAUAGUGUGAAAGAGGUGCUGGUAAAGGAACACAGACUGAAUGACCAAGGAGGGAGUGGGUGGACAGGGAGAUGUGGAAGCUGUUUUGUUGGGGCCAUACCCAUGGGAGCGCUGGAAGGAGUGAGGUGUCAGAGACUGAUAUAUAGGAGCACUGAUAGAUGCAGCACACUUUUCUGUUGAUAAUCUCCAGGCUGACUGAACCUUUCAUAAAAAGUCUGCACUAUUGAUUUAUGACAAGUUGAGGAUGGCAAAUAACUAAGGUGUACAGCAAAACAGUGGAGGGCUUCAGACCAGCUGAGUGUAACAUUUUACAUUAAGCUUGUUAGGUAAAUAUGGUUUCAUGAAACUUCUUUUAAGUUUGUUAUAUGUAUUUAAGAUUUAUAAAGACUUCAAUAUUUAUACUAUUUUUCUAGGAAUACAUACUUGCAUCAUAAGUUAAUGAUGAUUUCACUUGUUCAUGUAACAAGUAAUAAGAAAUUGAAAGUUUUAGUACUUGACCUUCACUCAUGAAUCAAGUAGCCUCACAAGCCAGCUGAAUUUGUUUUGUAGUUUUUGUAUGUUGUAAGAUUAAUCAAAAUAAUUGUAUAAAAUAUAUACAUAUCUUGUAUGUAUCUUAAAAUUGUGUGCCAUGUACUAUAAGAAGUCAGUUUUGUUUUAGUUUUUACACUCUUCAAAUUAAAUAUUGUUUACUAUUCAUAUAAAUAGCAUAAGUCCAUAUUAAUUUCUGUAUGACACAAAGUGUGUUCAGUGUCUGAUUCUAUUCCUUAGAGACCAAUGUUUGGCAGAGUGGUGAUACAGGCACCAAGUGAUUUAUGUAGACUUACACCAUGAACCAGUUGUUGUCAGGCAGUCAGUGUGUGUGUGGUUGUGUAACAUGUGCUAUUGACAUUUUCAUUUUGUGAAUCAUCAUGGAAUACUUUAGGUUUACUGCAUCAAAUUUUCUGUUAAGCUUGGUGAUAAUCAAGCUGAAGCAAUGUGUUUGGCUUGACAAGCUUUUGGCAACGAUACUAUGAAGCUUACAGAAUUUGAGGAAUGGUUUCUUUGGUUUAAGUUUGAUCAAACACUGGUGAUUGUUAGCACAAGUGGCUUGAUGUUUAGAAGUCAUGCAUCUGGCAGUUGCAUCAUGACAAUUCUUGGGCAUAUUCUAUGCACCUGAUCCAGGAUUUCUUGGCUAGGCAUGCAGUUCCUUAGAUCAUCAGACUCUCAACUCUCAGACUUGGCCCCAUGUUAUUUCUGGCUGUUCCUCAAGCCCUAGAUGGUGCUCAAAGGAUCCUGAUUUGAGAAGUAAGAGAACAGCACAAAGAACAGUGAUAUAUUUGGUAGUCAUUGAAAAAAACAGGACUUCUAGAAAUAUUUCCUGUAAUAAAAAAAAAAAAAAACUGAUGGGAUAAAUGAGAGGCAUCACAAAGGAAUUUGUAGUUUCUGGACUCCAAAAGUGCAGCUAUGCUUCACCUGGCCUUCAGAUGGGUACUUUUAAUCAGAAAGUUGAAUAUUUUUUGAGGUGGUAAUUGAUUUGGUUUGAUGGUUACUACUGUAAGUAAUUGGUGAAGGGUGAUUUUUUUUUUUUUUUGAGAGAAAAGCCAGAGUAUUAAGAUUUUAUGCUUUGUUUUUAUAAUUGGUAAUGGUACUAGAUAAAUUACCUAAUACUUAAGUUACACUGAUUUGUUGCAGUAUAAAAACAUCUUGCACUGUUUUCUUGCUCUUUCUUGAAUGUGGCAGCUAAUUCUAUCUGUAAUAAAAAUAUAAAGUAAGUCUUGAAAAGAACAAUUUGAAAAGAAUUAAGCUUUAAAAAACAUUACUGAAUGUAACUUUCUGAAGUACUGUGACUUAGAGAAUAUAACUUUCCAUAUUUUUUUUAUAUUUCUGUUAAGUGUAUGAGUUAUAUGUGAGAGUUAUCGCAAUAACGAUAUCGAAUUAUCAGUUAUCCAAUUAUUAUUUUUCCCGUGUUAUUGAUUCAUCAGUGUUGCCGAUACUUUUGGUUCCAGACUAGUGAUAAUCAAUAAUUUUAGUUUUUGGAACAUGAGCAUGUUAAAUUUUAAUUUUUAAAAAACAAAUGUAGUUAUUUUACUGAAAACAGUACUGUUCUUUAGUGCAGAGACAGGGUAAACACUGAAUUUGAAUUUUUUCAAAGAUUUUUCUAAGGUUUCUGAAAUAAAAAUAAAGAUUUGGAUUUAUCAAUUUUUUAUUUUUUAUUGAUGCUGUAUAUCAAUAUUGUUAUCACUAGUAUUGGAAUUUUGGAUUUAUCAAUUUAUUGGUUAUUAGUUAUCAGGCAAUACAUUUAUUGCUGGUUAUCAAUUAUUGCUCAUCACUGAUAAAGUUAUUGUUACUGAUUCAUUGGUUAUAGUGAUAAUAAUUUUUUUUUCAUGCUUGGCUGAGAUAUAUAUAUAUAUAUAUAUAUAUAUAUAUAUAUAUAUAUAUAUAUAUAUAUAUAUAUAUAUAUAUAUAUAUAUAUAUAUAAUGUACUUGAUAUCUACCCCAAAGACUUGAAGCAAAUAAAUGAAAGAUAUGCAUACAACUACCAUUCACUAAACUUUUUAUUUAUAUUUUUCUUUAUAAAUAAAUUAGUGUGGUUAUCCUACAAGUAUGAAGCCCCUAGCAUUACACCUGACUUGUAAAGCAUCAUUAGCUUAUCUUUACACAAGAAUCUGUAUUAUUCCUAUAAUAUAUAAUAUACACAUUUAAUAAAAUUACAAUAUUGUAAAAGUACAAAUAUCACAUUAUGAAGUAUUUUUGUGUCAACACUGGCUUCAGGUUUUUGCAGUACUACAUAGUAAAGACUAGGCAGGAAAGCAGCUGAGGAAACUAAAUACACUUUACUCAUGCAAGAUAAGCCCAGUUUACUGUGCUGUGGCAAUGUCUGUCAAGGAGUCUUGCACAGUGCUAUUGUAAACACGUUACCAUUUCCCUGUUCUGUUCAUAUAAUGAUGGACUAGUUAUAUAAGUAUGCUAAUCUUUGAGACAAUAAAGAAUACUGUGAUAAAAAUAA